AGCUCAAAGUGCAGAGAUUUAUCCAUGCGGAGCGCGUUUGCGCAGGCGCGCCCCACACUGUCAGCUCAAGGUGUGGACACAGCGCGAGCGCGAGUGGGAACACAGUGGCGUUCUUUUGGGAAAGGAGUGGAUGCGUCCUCACGAAUCAGCUGCAGGGUUGAACACAAGUCUUUUUUUUUUUUACAAAAGCAAUAUGUGCACCAACGCGGCACUUCCGUCAGCCUUUGAAGUUGUAGAUAUAUAAAGUCGUAAAGGACGCGAGUAUUUCACCGUCACCUAUGAGCUGAAGUAAAGUACGAACAGCGCAGGUAGACAGCAGAGCCGGAAGAACUCGCAAUACUGGUCGCGUUCGGUUUGUUUUUCUUCUUCCAAUUGGAUUAUCUUUGACAUUAUCACAUAAAUGAAGUGACUUUUAAAGUACUAGUUUUAAAGUUGCAUCCGAGCUAAAGAAAUUAUGACGGACAUGAGGAAAAAGAAACUCUUCGUCCUAGUUGACGUGCUGUGUGUUGUUGUAGCUUCUCUGCCCUUUGUGAUAAUGAAUAUUGCAUCCCAGCCAUAUCAGCGAGGCAUCUUCUGCCAGGACGAGAGCAUCAGUUACCCUGUAAGACCGGACACCAUCACGCACGUGGCGCUGGCUGCGGUCACCAUCACCUGCACUAUCAUUAUCAUAUCGUCAGGUGAAGCGUAUCUGGUGUACAGCAAGAAAAUUCACUCCAACUCUACCUUUAAUCAAUAUGUAUCGGCCAUCUAUAAGGUGCUGGGUGCCUUCCUAUUUGGGGGAGCUGUCAGCCAAUCACUGACCGACUUGGCCAAGUACACCAUUGGGCGACCACGUCCACAUUUCUUAACAGUGUGUGCUCCCAAAGUCUGCAAAGGAUACUUGGCGGUGAUCAACUGCACUGGCAACCCACGUGAUGUGACUGAAGCCCGGUUGUCCUUCUACUCGGGUCACUCCUCCUUCGGGAUGUACUGCAUGCUGUUUCUAGCGUUCUAUGUCCAGGCCAGGCUGAAUGCAAAAUGGGCCCGUCUUCUGAGGCCCACCAUCCAGUUCUUCCUGGUGGCCUUUGCUGUGUAUGUAGGUUACACCCGCGUGUCCGAUUAUAAGCACCACUGGAGCGACGUGCUAGUGGGGCUCCUCCAGGGGGCGCUUAUCGCAAUUCUCACUGUGCGAUACGUCACAAAUUUCUUCAAGGUCCGUCCUUCGCCUGAAUACUCAUGUCCAGAGACAGGAGCAGAAAAUGAGGAGCAGAAACACAGCUUCGAGGUGGAGCACAAUAACCAUUACAGCUAUUCUGGACCUGUGUGAGAGAAAUGAGAACAAACACUCGCACUACAUCUCCCACAAACCACUGGACUGACGGCAGGGGGCGGAGUAAGACUGCACAUGCUCACAAUGGUCCUCCUUGAAAAAGCUUUAGUGUCUCUUCCUUUGUUUCAAGUGAGAGAGAACUCUUUAUACGUAUUUAAUCAAUUUAUUUUAAUCAAAACGAUUUGCAGAGGAUACCAGAUAUUGAGGGACUGAAUCUAUUUUUUAAGUCUGUGUACUGGACCAGGUUUUAUACAAAGUCAUGUACGACAUGUAUCUUCUUUAUUUGAAUUGUAAAUCUUACUGAACUGUUGUGUAAAUAAUGGCUUGCCUUUCUCUUUGACAAACCAAACAGAAUACCAUACUCUGUGAUUUAAAGUGUUGGAAAUCAUUGCUUGUUUGUAUUUUUCCAAUAUUAUGCGCCUUAAUUAUAUCUAGUAAUCUGGACUGCAAAAAGUGAAUAAUGCCAUAAAAUUGUUAGGAUAUCUUUUUUUCUUUUUUUUCCCCCCUGUUUAAAAUUAAAAAUUGAGAUACCACUACAACAUCUGCAAGCCUCUGUGCUUAAUUUUUUAUUUUUGCAUUUUAAAAAAGCCAGCUUUAUUGAACUUGUGAAUUGUUGUUUGCAUUUGUCUAAUUUCCUAUUAAAUAUUUGUAAUAACAA